CUUUCACUUCACAUCACCUCCAGUCCUCACAUUCCGAACAGAACAGUUACAGCUUUCAAGUUUCAACUUCUCGUCACUUCACACAUUUUCUUCAACGGAUUGUCCAAAAUGAAGCGUGAAGCCCAACCAAUGCAGCAGCGCCUCAAGAAGCUCCGGUCGAGCCUCCCCCGUCGCCGCCGAAAGCACAUCUCUCCGAUACGCUUAGCCACUUCUCCGGCGGCUUCGAUAGCUUCUUCUCACUUGACCAGAGAAGUCUCCUGCGAAUCCAGCCGAAUUUCGGUGAAUAACAAGCAGCGAGUAGCCUCUCCAAAGAAGAGACGCUUGGAGGAGAUCAGUUUCGGACAGAGUAAACAGUUCCAGAAAGUUCCGAAGAGAGAGAAGGAGGAGGAUGAGGAGGAGAGAGAUUCCUCUUGCGUUCAGUCAUGCUCUGGAGUGGACGAGGCGAGAGAGAUAAACUCGCAUGAAUUUGGAGUAAUCGAAGAGCACUCUGUAACUACCGCGAAAUCCGAGUUGUCGUGCGAGUUUUCGAGGAAAAUUCCGACGGCUGGAGAGGAGAAUUCGAUCAAAAACGACUUCGAAUUGUCAGAAGUUUCACGAAAACAAACCGUUUCGAAAUCCGACUCGACGACAGAACAGAGGCCGCCGAAGCUCAGCGGGGGAGACUCCGACCUCGCUUGCUCCGAGUCGGAGCUCGUCUGCUACGACGACCACGAUUCGGAUUACUCGUCGGCGUUCACCGAUCUCCAGUCGGAGGUUUUCCACGACAGCUCGGACAUAGACUUCUCGGACGAGUACACUCCGUCGAUACUGUUCGAAUCAGGAAGCGAGUUUUCGGAGAAAUCGAUCACCGACGACAUUACUCCAUCGCCGACGUUCUCGUUGUUCCUCCAAUACAGUCAGCAGUUCUCUAGGUCCACCUCCGAUUCACUUCGUUUGCGUUCCGACGGCGAAAACUCCGAGGAAUUCGCGUGCUUGAGGUUCGAAGACGAGGAGAACGAAGAGAGCUACAAGAUGUUGAGGAACAGAGAGAGGAGACAGGCUUACUUCCAUGACUACGCGGAGGAGUACUGUUCCGCGACGGAGUACGGCGAGCUUGUUAUUCAGCAGAGGCUACGGAUGGUCCAAUGGAUAGUUGAGCAAUCUACAAAAAAGAAGUUCCAGAAGGAGACAAUGUUUCUAGGAGUUAACCUGCUGGAUCGUUUCUUGAGCAAAGGAUACUUCAUUACCGAGAGGAACCUCCAAAUUGUUGGAAUUGCAUGUCUAGCAUUGGCCACCAGGAUUGAGGAAAACCAGCCAUUCAACAGCAUGCGGCAAAAGACAUUCCGUGUAGAUUGCAACACUUACAGCAGAUGUGAAGUGGUGGCAAUGGAAUGGCUGGUGCAGGAAGUCCUUAAUUUCCAGUGCUAUCUGCCUACCAUCUACAACUUCUUAUGGUUUUACCUGAAAGCUGCAAAAGCAAAUAAAGAAGUGGAAAAAACUGCCAAGUAUUUGGCAGUAGUAGCGCUGCUUGGUCAUGAACAACUGAGCUACUGGACCUCAACUGUUGCAGCUGGGCUCGUCGUUCUCGCCUCUCUCGCAUCCAACCAAGAUGCAUCUUGUGACCGUGUUAUGGAGACCCAUCUCAGAACAAAAGAGGAUGAUCUGCCUGGAUGCAUGAAGAGCCUUGAGUGGUUGAUAAAGUACGCUUGCUAGUGACCAACAGAGUGUGAAGCAUCUAUUUUUGUUGUCUGAAGCAUUACUUCUCAAGUACUUCUAAGGCACAGGUGAUAAGUAAAUGAAAGCAAUUCUUUUUGUGGUCAGCAUAGAAACGCAGAUUGAUUCCAUUCAUGUUGUAAACUGUCCAUAGACGGAGAAAAUAAUCCGUGAUGAAAUACGUGCAUUCUUUUUUCUAGUAGCCUGAAGCACCCGUAAUAUAGUGCUUUUUUUCGGUUAU